UCUCUGCAUAGAACUAAGAACAACAAACGCUGCGAUCUGCGAUAAAGAGGCGCUAUAAUUAGCCGGCAUUACUCACAAGCCAAAACGUUCCUUAGCCCCCAACCCCCCCAAAGGUGUGUGUGUGUGUGUGUGAGACAUGCGACGGAAGGUCCUUUUGCUGCUCGUACUGGGCACUGUUGCAAUGGCGGCCCAGUUGUACGACAAGGAGAUGACCGUCUAUGUGGACGCCGGUCAGCAGGAGUGCCUAUACCACACCAUGCACGAUGGCGAAACCAUUGACUUUGAAUACCAGGUGAUCGAUGGCGGACACGGUGACCUGGACAUUAGCUUCACCCUGCUGGAUCCCAUCGGUCUGGUGGUGGUGAAGGAUUUCAAGAAGCCGGAGAACAUCCAUCGUCACGAGGUGACCAAGGAGGGCGACUAUCGUUUCUGUUUCGACAACAGCUUCAGUAUGUUCAACCGGAAGACCGUCUUCUUCGAGCUGAUCGUAGAGCGCGAGGGCGACGAGCUGCAAGGGGACACCCAGUGGCACGAGGUGGACGAUCUGGCGGGUCUGUCGCGGGACGAGUACUAUGACAUGAAGGUGCAGGACAUCAUGGACUUUAUUGGUCGCAUCCGCUUGCAGCUGAACAAGGCGCGUCAACUGCAGGAUGUGCUGCGUUCGCACGAGGCGCGAGACCGUAAUUUGGCGGAAUCGAACUUCCAGAAGGUCAAUCAAUGGUCCAUGUUGCAAAUCAGUGCCAUGAUCGGCGUCGGACUCAUCCAGGUCUUUAUGCUGCGCAGCAUCUUUGCGACCACUGGACGGAUGCAUCAUAUCUGGCGGAAGCUGGGCAUUUGAUGGAUUCCGGGAGCAGGAGGAGUAGCAGCCUCUACCAAAGAUGUGCAUUUAUGUUGCCAGGAAACCAGCUAGUUAGACUGUAAUUUCAUCCAGCUUGCCAUCAUCAUUUGUAGCUCAUUAGUUUCUAUAUAUACUGAAGUAUAUGGAGCAUAUUAUGUGUAUUUCUAUAUAUUACCUAUGCGGGUGUGUGUGAGUGCUGUGUGAAUGUGUGGGUGAGUGUGCAGGCAUUGUUAAACGAAAGCAAUUGUAUUAUUAAGCCAAGAGUUGAGUUUGAUAUUAAAUUUAACGUUGAGGUGUCACUGAAA